UAACUUCUAAAUAUAAAGAAGAUAGACCUAUAAGAUCUUCUGACGGUAGCAAUCUUGGGAUGCAUCUCCUAAACUCUGAGGGACCCCAGGAGGCUUACAGCCAGAGCAACAAUGUUACAGAUCUACAGGAAUCUCCAAAAAAAGCACUGAGCAAAACAAAAUCAAAGACAGAGUCUCGAUGCAUGAAAUUGGUGCAAUGGGUCCGGCUCCCGCCGCUGUGGAGGCUGCCUCGGCCUCCGCCCGCCACAACAGCAGCCUCUGCCUCGGCCACAGCCCCCACGGCUUCAUCCGGAAGGUCAUCUGGAAUGCAUGAGCUCUCUGAAGAAGACUCUUUAUGCAGAAAUGGAUUCACUCAUUUGUGUUGUAUAUUUUACUACAAAUCUCGCAUUAUUGAUUCAUGCCCUACAUCAGACCAUAAAGACUUGAAGGUUGAAGAAAAAAAGGAGAAGAAAGGCAGUAAAAAAGAAACAUCCAGAAACAUGUAUGAUGGUGCUGGUGAUAGUGACAGUGGUGGAUUGAGUCAGCAGAGCAACAGUGAACAAACUGAUAAGCAGCAGGUUUCUAUUAUGGAGGAUGAAGAUUCUGACAGAUCUACCAUAAGAGAAGAAAAAGGGAGGAGGCGAGAAGCUGAUCUGUUAUGUGAAAAAAGUAGGGUGCAGUCAAGAAAGGAAGAGCACUCUAUUAAAGAAGUUGAAAUGAACCCACAACUUGAAAUCACUAUUAGAACACAAAACAUCACACUGGAUUUUAUAACAGAGAAUGAGGUUUCUGAGAGUUCUAACAAAGAAGUAAGUCUAUUGCAUGAAAAUUGCAUGUUGCGUGAUGAAAAUGCCAAGCUAAGACUAGAAAUAGACACAGCAGAAAAUCAGGUCCAGGAAAUGGGAAAAAAAUGUUUUGAGGAAAUUUCAAUUGUCAAAGAAAAGAAUGACCGUCUUGAAAAGACAUUAAGAAAAACAGUAUUUCAACACAAUAAGCAGCUUGAAGUUCUGAGAGCUGAGAAUACUGUGCUAAACAGUAAACUGGAGGAUGAACAACAAAAGAGAGGAAGACUGGAAGCAGAAGUUGAAUCAUACCGGUCUGGACUGGCUACCACUGAACAGGAUCAUGAGCGUUGUCAGACAUCAAAAGAAGACCUACAACUUACUUUCCAGAGAGCAAGAGAUGAAUGGUUUUGUACGGGAAGGUCAUUCUACAAACCAGUUGAACACAAAAAAGAAGAGUUAAAGAAAUAUAUUUACUCAAACAUAUUUCUGCAACAGAGGUUGCAGCAAGAAGAAAAUGAAAUUGGUGAUUUAGAAAAAGAGAUUACCGGAAUUAAGGAACAUUUAAAAGUUAUAAAAAAGAAAUUAAAUGAAUGUGAUUAUGAAGACCUUAGUUUCCCUGGAGAUUCAAAACCAAGUCCAGCUGACAUGGAAAUUCAGUCUGAAAAGCCAAAACAGAAGAAUAAUGAGCUUAUAGCAAAACUGCAACCAUCAUCUUCCAAAUGCAUACGUCUGGAUGAGGAAAAGACACCUCAACAGGAGUUAUUGAUGGAAGCACUUCUAAAGAGACGUGAAGAACUAAAGGAUAGAGUAAAGAAGGCGAAACAAGAAGCAGUAAACCUCAGAAAUAUAGAAACGAAUAUGGUAGAAAUCUGUGAAUUAGAAGACUAUAAAAAGAAGCUUGAAGAAAGAGCAAGGCGGGAUGUAGAAGACAAAGUAGAAAAAGUCAAUUCACUUUUACAGAGACAAAGAGCAUCUCAAGAAAUGUCAGAGCAGAUGAUAAAUGAUCAGGCUUCAACAAGUCACUUGGAACUCAGAAAUAAAGAGUUGGCAUCAGAAAUCUCUAAAGUGCAAACUUCUCAAGAUGAUAUCGAAAGAGAAUUGGAAAAAUAUGUGCGACUCUGCCAAGAAGAAUUGGAAGGCAGAAAGUUACUGGAAAAUCAGCUAACUGAUUUUCCUAGGACUAAGGAGAAGCUAGCAGAAGUUAGCAACAAACUUUUCUGGGAGAAAGAGCUCAGCAAGAGAAAUUUUAUUCCAAGAGAAAGCCUGGGGAUUCCUACCUCAAGUCCAUGCACUUCAACUUACCACAGAAUGACGACACAGACUUCCACCAGCAUAUCCAUGACAGCCCGAGUCAGGCUGCCUCUGGAUCCCCAGCGCUGGGAACAGGGUCUCCAGGGGUCACCACGGGCUCCAUCCGGUUUCCUGGAAGACACCAGACACCGCCUCUUCCCAACAAAGGCCUCUGCUCCAGAUAUGGCAGGAGUAUGGAGAAACCCUAACUAGAGAACGAAAAGAAGGUGCUGCUAAAUUUGAAGCUGAAUCCUACAGAGUUUGUCCUGUAGGAUCUGUAGGAUCAGUCAGUCAAGUUCAUGUCAAGAUUUACUUUUGAAAGCACAAAAAGAGUAUAAAGAGAUUUUUGCUGAAACAUUACAUGAUCUGAAACAUAAACAGUAAAAAAUUAUUUAGUGUACUGUUUACAUAACAUUUUGUUUUCCAUUAGACACAUGACAUGAACUUUUUAUUAAAGAAAAAAUUUUUUGAUCAUAUGUUUGAUGAAAAUUUAUAUAGUAUUUUAAACUGGGGUAUUUUGGGGGCAUCUAAGUAAGUUUUAAGCAGAUUUUGUAAGUGAAAGCCAGCACUAUUGAAUUAUACAUAUUCAAAUUGCCCAAAUACCAACUGUUUAAACAACAUCAAAGCAAACAACUUGUCAUUCAUAUUUUAGUGAUGCUAGUUGAUAGAUUUUUUUACAUAUUCCAAUUUUAUCACAAUAUUUGGUCCUAAAGAUUUAGACAGAGAUAAUUUUGGUAUCUGCUGCUAUGGCUCCUAUUUAGCUAUAUUAAAAUUGUUAUAGUGGCAUUGGACUUAUGCAAUUUUAAACACAGAUUUAAAAAUUUUUCCUUGUGGGGGAAAUAAAGUUUGCCUAAGGCUUUUCUACUUUUCCAUUUAUUGAAUGAAUUUUUAGAAAGAGUCUUAAAAUUACAGAUAGUUCCAAGUUUUAGUUCAAAGAACUCUGUUGCCCUGAACUAUUGGAGAGUAAAUUGUUACACUGUGCCACCAUGCUUUAGUACAUUCCACCUGUCUACCAUAACACCUUCACAACCAGAAAAUUCGCACUAAUACAUUCUAUAGUUUCAUCCUCACAC